AUGAACAGGAAAACCAGGCGCUGGAUAUUCCACAUCUUUCUCAGUCUAGGGAUCGUCUAUAUCAAAAUUGGGGGCUUUUCCUCGGUCGUGGCUCUGGGGGCCAGCAUCAUCUGCAACAAGAUCCCAGGCUUAGCGCCGAGGCAGCGGGCGAUCUGCCAGAGCAGGCCCGAUGCCAUCAUCGUGAUCGGAGAAGGCUCUCAGAUGGGGAUCAACGAAUGCCAGUUCCAGUUUCGCAACGGGCGGUGGAAUUGCUCCGCCCUGGGAGAGAGGACCGUCUUCGGAAAAGAGCUGAAAGUGGGGAGCAGAGAAGCAGCCUUCACCUAUGCCAUCAUUGCUGCGGGAGUAGCGCAUGCAAUCACUGCUGCCUGCACGCAGGGGAACCUCAGCGACUGCGGCUGUGACAAGGAGAAACAGGGACAGUACCACAAAGACGAAGGAUGGAAAUGGGGAGGCUGCUCUGCAGAUAUCCGAUAUGGAAUAGGAUUCGCCAAAGUCUUUGUGGAUGCGAGAGAAAUUAAACAGAAUGCAAGGACGCUCAUGAACUUGCACAACAACGAGGCGGGGAGAAAGAUCCUUGAAGAGAACAUGAAGCUGGAAUGCAAGUGCCACGGUGUGUCUGGAUCAUGCACAACCAAAACCUGCUGGACAACUCUUCCCAAAUUCAGGGAGCUGGGCUAUAUCCUUAAGGACAAAUACAAUGAAGCUGUUCAGGUGGAACCAGUGAGGGCAAGUCGUAAUAAGCGCCCAACCUUUCUGAAGAUAAAGAAGCCGCUCUCCUACCGUAAGCCCAUGGAUACAGAUUUGGUGUACAUAGAGAAAUCGCCCAACUACUGUGAAGAGGACCCCGUCACAGGCAGUGUGGGGACACAGGGCCGAAUGUGCAACAAAACAGCCCAGCAGACCAACGGCUGCGAUCUGAUGUGUUGUGGACGAGGUUAUAAUACUCACCAGUAUUCAAGAGUGUGGCAGUGCAACUGUAAAUUUCAUUGGUGCUGUUAUGUUAAAUGUAAUACAUGCAGUGAACGAACAGAAGUGUACACCUGUAAAUGAAAGGGUAGCUUGGGAGGGAGGACCGA